AUGGCAGGCAGAUAUUACACUCCCCAAACUCAUCCUCCUCCUCCACCCGAGAACACGCUCGACGUCUUCAUGGAUGGCGACACCAUACCGAUCCACACCACCAUCACGUCGUCGCACUCCCUCGCUGCCCAAUUUAUCAACGAGAUAGCCCGCGAACGUCCCCAGGGGGGGCUCAUCGUCGGCAUCGACACGGAGUGGCGCACUGACCAUCUGCCCAACGGCAAAACAUGUUACAAGGUCGCGGUGCUCCAGCUCUGUGUCGGCCGCCGAUGCCUCUUGUUCCAGAUCUACCAAGCCGGCAACAUGGUCCCACAUGAGCUCGCGGAGUUCCUCGCCGACCCGAGCGUUCGCUUCGUCGGCGUUGCAGUCAACAACGACAUGCAACGUCUGGCCAAUGAUUGCAACCUGAGGGUCGCCUGUGCGGUGGAUCUGAGAUAUGCUGCGGCGGCCGUGCUCGGUCAGCCGGAGCUUGCGAGGGCGGGGCUGAAGAGACUGGCGCUCACGGUGAUGGGCGCCCACAUGGAGAAGGAGAAAAACAUUACGAAGAGCAGAUGGGGUGAGCCGACGCUGACGUGGGAGCAGGUCAACUACGCCUGCAUCGACGCAUACGUGUCCUAUGAGAUUGGCCGGCGGCUGCUCUCUGGUGAACCUAUACUGGCCGCUCCGUUGUAG